GCAAGGGAACUUGGGCGAAUUGAGAAAGAGGCAUCCGUGUUUGUCACAUUUUCUUAAAUUUAGGCAGUCUUCUUACACACAAAAUGGCUUUAAAACGAAUCAAUAAGGAAUUACAAGAUUUGGGUCGAGAUCCCCCAGCACAAUGUUCUGCAGGUCCAGUUGGAGAUGACUUAUUUCACUGGCAAGCAACUAUAAUGGGACCGCCAGAAAGUCCGUACCAAGGUGGUGUUUUUUUCUUAUCUAUACACUUUCCUACAGAUUAUCCCUUUAAACCACCAAAAGUAACUUUUACAACUAAAAUAUAUCAUCCCAACAUAAACAGUAAUGGUAGUAUUUGUCUGGACAUACUUCGUAGUCAAUGGUCACCUGCUCUAACUAUUUCUAAAGUUCUCCUAUCAAUUUGUUCGUUAUUAACAGAUCCAAAUCCAGAUGACCCUUUAGUUCCAGAAAUUGCUCGUACCUAUAAAAAUGACAGACUAAAAUAUUCAGAGCAGGCCAAGGAAUGGACCAAAAAAUAUGCUAUGUAAUAAAUGGGAUAUUAUCUUAUGUAGUGAAAUGGAGGGGUGGGGGUUAUACGUUGUAUUGCAAUUCUUCUUACAAGUUGGAAUUCUAAAUUUGAAAUAGAAAAGUCAGUAAAAAAAAACAAGCGAUUCAAAAUAUGAUCAGUACUAUUUUCCUUGGGUUCUAUUUCUGACCAAGUACUGCAUAACCAAGACUAUGCUAUAAACUCUUUCAGUCAUCCUAUUUUCCCUUUUUGUCACAAAUUAUUUUAGAAAAAUGUUCAAGAAUUGGUCUGUAGCACAGAUUUUCUGACUUUAAUUUAUAUGAUGUCUAUUGUCUGUGCCAAUUGUUUGUAAAAAUAAUUUUGUAAUAUAUUUAGAACUGAG